GCUCUCCCUUUCCUGCACUUUGCACCCUGUCCUGUUUAGGUUCUCGCUGCAGCAGUUCGGGUAUUAGGACGUGUAUCAGAUUAUACAAGAGUUCUGAUGUAGAUGGUGAUCAAACUCGGUACAUCCUGCUGAUGUUUGGCUGCUUGAGUAAACAAGACAAUGUCAGCCUUCAAACUAAUAGGACAGCAGUUGGGUUACACCAGGCAGUUCCUGUCACCUUCUUCUGUUCGAGUUCGAAUUCCUGGAGGAUUUCCAUAUGAGGCGUUUGAUGGAGCCGCUCGAGUACGCCCGUGGUCCGUCCUGCAUCUGAUCGACUCCGCCCGAGUGUACUUCUGUAUCCCAACCAUCGAUGACCCUAACAGAUCAUUCGUUGAUUACCACCUCUUGUGUCAAAACAACCUUCCAUUUAUCGUGUCACUGAAACUAGAAAUAGCCCCAGAGUUAUACGACGUAUCGACUCCGAAAGCACCAUUGGUCGUUGACUCGUAUUUAUCCAACAUCGGCAACUCAACAAUGGUCCUUGCUCACAGCGUCAUGCAUCCGGAGAUACCGCAACCUCUUGCAAGGUGCUGGAUCCAGAACGUCUUCGUUUCCAAGACGACACGACUUCCGGAAAAGCUUCCUCAGGAAUACAAAGAAACAUAUGGCAAGUUGUGUGUGGACGGAGAGCCUCUGAUACUGAAGCCACUUUCAAAACCAGCCAAUAGGGAUAUAAUUUCAUCUUUUGAUAUGAGAGUCUACGGAAGUGAGACUGACCCGAAUCUGCAUACGAACUACAUAAACUACCUUCGGUACUGUCUGAAUGGUCUUGCGGCUAUAUCACACAGAGAGCAGUCGGCAAAUAAGCCAACACAGGGCUUUAAUCAUUAUGUUAAGUCGGCAUCCAUGCUGUAUCAAAAAGAAAGUUUGAUGGGGGAUAAUCUGACAGUUGAUGUGUGGAAAGAUGAAGAAAACUCCUAUGCCCUCAAUUUUGAAAUUUUGAAACAAGAUUCUCGGCUGUUUCAAUCUAAAAUUGAAUUGCACAGUAGUGAUAUAUGUUAGCAUGUGAGUAGGCUUGGUGUGACCUGUAUGUGUGCAAAAGACGGACGUUCACCAUGCUAAACAUUCGUUAAUGCAGUUUACCACACUAAUUGUUCAGUCUGGAGGCGUUUUGCUAAAACUGAUUUCCGUGACCAGUGUAUUGAGACAUCCGCACGUUUUUUUUAAGUGGAAAAUGUCAGGGAAGUUUUCAAAUGUAUAUGCUGAUAAUAACUUGAAAUUUUAAAGAGAUGUACAUUUUUAUGAAAUUUUACGAGAGUGGUUGGAUUUGUAUGAAUUUAAAUGAAAUGAGAUUUGAUAAAAGUAAUAACAAAUUCUAAAGCUU